AUGGACGGCAUGGAUCAUGGCGGAAUGACUAUGGGGACGACAACGGUAUCGGCCGCUGCUGCCGCUGCCACAGGAGCCAGCAUGGGUGGCAUGGGUGGUAUGGGGAGCGGAAACAGUUGCAAGAUUUCUAUGCUUUGGAACUGGAACACCAUCGACUCUUGCUUCCUCGCAUCGUCCUGGAAGAUUACGUCAAAGGGAGUCUUUGCCGGCUCUUGCAUUGGCGUAGUCUUGCUCGUCAUCUCGCUCGAGAUGUUGCGCCGCGCUGUCAAGGAAUACGAUCGCUUCCUUAUCAACAAGCACCUCAAGUCGCUACCCGCCGCCACAAGGUCAUCUAAAAUCGGUUCCGAUGACGGCAGCCCGGCCCCCAACUGUGCCCCCUUCGUAAACAAGGGGUACCGACCAACCUUUAUCGAGCAGGCCAUCCGUGCGCUGCUUCACAUGGUGCAGUUCGCUGUUGCUUACUUUGUCAUGCUGCUUGCCAUGUACUACAACGGCUACAUCAUCAUUUGCAUCUUCCUCGGGGCAUAUAUUGGCAGCUUCAUCUUCCACUGGGAACCGCUUGGCGGCGGGCAGCAAACCAGCGCAUCAAAGGAGGCCACCGUGUGUUGCGGUUGA